GCUGAUUUUCUAAAUCUAAGCUGUGCGAUUACUAUACGAAACCAUAAGUAGGCGUAAGGCCGGCUCCACACGUUGGCCCCAACGUUGGUCGGUUAAGUUGAUGAAGUGUCCACACGUUGGCUAUUAUACUAGUUCCUUUCUGUCAGAGCCAAUGUGAAGAUGUCCGACACCGAAACCGAAAUUGCUCUAAGCGCUUUUAUAGUACUGAUGAGUGCGUAUAAUUUAUAUUUGUUAUUGAAAAAAAGAAAAAGCCACGUCAAAGGAGAUGGUGGAUGACAACGCAUGAUAAAACACGGUACCAUUACGAUGGAACUCGACUGCUAAAUAAUUUGAAUCAAGAGCCCUCAGGACAGUGUGAUAACUUUUUUCGUAUGUCUUCAAUAGACUUCGAAUACCUGCUACAGUUGAUUGGACCAAGAAUAAAAAAACAAGAUACGGUAUUCAGAGAAUCGAUACCAGCUAAAGUACGCCUUGCUCUGACACUUAGAUUUUCAGCAACUGGAGAUUCAUUCAAAAGUCUUCAUUACUUAUUCAAGAUUUCCCCACAAGUUAUAUCACUGAUCGUGUCCGAAGUCUGUAAAGCGCUAUGUGAGGCAUUGCGUUCUUUUGUAAAGAUGCCUCAAAAUGAUCAGGGAUGGCUUGUAGUUGCUAGAGGCUUUGAAACAAAAUGGCAAUUUCCACAUUGUUUGGGUGCUAUAGAUGGCAAACACAUAAAAAUAGAGUCACCUAUUAAUAGUGGAUCAGAGUUCUAUAACUAUAAACACAAUUUCAGUAUAAUAUUACUAGCAGUAGCUGAUAGUGAAUACAACUUUUUAUUUGCCGACGCAGGAACACAUGGACGAAUGAAUGACGCUGGAGUUUUUAAUGAUAGCAUACUUUAUAACAAAAUAUAUGGUUCCAAUUCCAAUUUUCCGGAAGACACUCCUCUAUACCUGACCGACAUCUUCCUGUGCCCUACGAUUUUGUGGCAGAUGGAGCUUUUGGAUUAUCUAGAAGAAUCAUGAAACCGUUUUCUGGCACACCGGCAGCUGGCUCAGCAAAUAGAAAAUCCAAUAGUCGACUUUCACGCGCUCGUGUUGUGAUUGAAUGUGCAUUUGGAAUAAUGACAUCGGUGUUUCGAGUGUUGAAAACCAAUAUGCUGCUAGAACCCGAAAAAGCAUCUAUUGACUUGCGUUGUACUACAUAAUUUUUUAAAAAACACCGAGCACUCUCGACGGAUGUAUAUGCCAGAGGGUAACAUGUAUAAUAUUUUACAAGAGCAACAAUUAAGGCCCUUAGAUCAAAUACCAAUAAGAGCAACCGAAAAUGCAAGAGAAAUAAGAAAUGAAUUCGCAUCAUACCUUUACUCACAUUGAAUAAACUAUGUACCAAAGCAAUUUGUCAUAAUUUAAUGUUGUUUAUGAAUGUGUAAAUAAGUAAAAGUAAUAAUUAA